UGUCAUUUUCAUGUUGUGCUUAAAUAUAUGAAGAUUGUUCUUGAUGGAGAAAUGGGAAGAAUGCACUUCUACUAGGCGACCGCUAUUUUUUGUGGAAAACAGUAAUUAUAUGGAUACGCCAACGCCGGGGGAUGAUGAGGUAGUGAUUGAUAAUCAUGGUGUAGUGUUGGGGAAUGAUGAUGAUGAUGUGGUGGUUUUAGAGCCAACGCCGGGAAAUGAUAAUGAUGGUAUUUCAGAGCCAACCUCAGGAAAUGAUGUUGAUGGGGUUUCAGAACCAACCCCGGGAAAUGAUGAUGAUGGGGUUUCAUGUCCAACACUGGGAAAUGAUGAUGGUGAUGGUGGGGUUUCAGAGCCAACGCCGGGGAUGUUUUUUAAAACUGAAAAAGAACUAAUUUACUACUACAAGCAAUAUGGGAGACAGGCUGGAUUCGGCAUAAUGACACAAAGAAGUAAAAGGGAAGAUGAUGGGAGUGUUAGAUAUGUAACACUUGGUUGUGCUCGUGGUGGUAAGGCAAGAAAACGUAUUACCAACAUUUCUAAACCCCGCCCAACAACAAAGACUGAUUGUAAGGCUAGAAUUAAUGCAGUUUGGGCCGGGAUGAGCACAACUCAGAGGAGUGAGAGCAUGAAUGCCUUCUUUGAUGGAUAUGUACAUUCAGGGACUACAUUGAAAGAAUUCGUCGAUCAAUUCGACAAUGCACUGAGGAAGAAAGUAGAAAAUGAGAUGGCAGCGGAUUUUCACUCAUUCAAUGCCACAAUACCUUGUAUAUCUCAUUUACCCUUGGAGAAAAAAUUUCAGGCAGUGUACACGAAUUUGAAAUUUAAGGAAGUGCAGUCAGAGGUAUUGGGGAUUAUCUACUCUCAUUGUGUUAUCAUAAAAACAGAAGGGGCUAUUACCACGUAUCAAGUUAAUGACAGUCGAGAGGUUGAAGACGGCAUCAAGAAGUCAACUGUGCAGGCGUACUUUAAUGAAGAAGAGUGUGAGGCAAAGUGCAUGUGUGGGUUAUUUGAGAUGAGAGGAAUUAUAUAUAGGCACAUGCUUUCAAUAUUCGCUGCAAGGGAUGUCCAAGUGUUUCCAGAGAAGUACAUUAUGGAGAGGUGGAGGAAGGACAUUAAACGUAGAUAUGUUCUCAUUCGAAGCAGUUACGAUGACUUGAGUGGUAAACCAGCCGCUACUCGAUACUCUGGAUUGAUAAAAAUAUGUUACGAAGUAGCUACAAAUGCCUGUGAAAGCGAAGAAAAUUCCCUAGAUAUGACAGAGAAGCUUACGGCAAUGAAUUCGAUUUAUAGCAAAACAAAGUCCCAACCGACUGUUGCAAGCACUCAUAUUUCCGCUGAUGCUGAAACUGGAAGUUCGAGAAAAGUCUUGAGUCCUCGUGUUGUAAGAGGCAAAGGGAGGCCCCCAUCAAAGAGGAAAUAACCUACCAUAGAGAAGUUGCAAGCCAAGAAUAAAGCUUCUGGCAAGCGACAAAGAAAAAAUGUAAGAAGAUUUAAAUAUUUUGAUUUUGAUA